AUGAAACAUCAAGAAAUACUUGUUAAAACUAUAAUUGAAUAUACAAAUCUUUUAAAAACAACAAAGACAAAAGACAUAUCUAAUUGGAACGUUGAAUUUAUUAAACAGUGUACAAAUUGGUGUAUUUAUCUUGAAACAGAACUAAGUGUAUUAACAGAAGAAGAACGUGAAAGGAUAAGGCAAUUAGCAGUAGCUAGUAAAGAGCAGGAAGAAAUUCCUUCCAUUUCAGUUCUACUGAACGCAAUGCAUGAAUUUUACUAUUUAUUAAUACAAAGCAUCUUUUUAAGUAAUUCUGUUUAUUUAUAUGUGAUGAAGCAUUAUAGAUUCUUGACAAAUACUAAAGAAACUGACAUUCUAUCAAAGGAUUUAACUCAACUUUCAAGGAAAGCAGCGACACAUAAUGUCUUGGGUCAAAUAUUAAAAGAAAUAGAUCAUAAUUAA